AAAAAACAAUAUAACAAAUACAUAUAAAUGCUUUUUCCGAUUGAAAAGUUUUUAAAUUACGUAAAAUAAAACGGUAUGUUUAAUUAAGUGAAGUAACAAGUGAUUUAAAGGUAAUAGAAAACUUUUUAUUUUUAUUAAAAUUUAUUAGUUAUAGUGUGAAAUAAUCGCGGCUAAAAUAAAUGAAAGUUAACUAGGCAGGCUGAAAGUUUCUAACAUGAAAUUCAUGUUUAAAAGUAAAAUAAAUAAAACAAAAAUUUAGACUGCUUUUAAGGACGAUUUCGUACAUAAUAAUGAAAUCUGUGAAAAACUAUGUAACGCGGAAAAAGUGUAGUUUGAGAAUGAACAAAUAAACUUUAGCGAAAGUGUAAAGUGCUAUUUUGAAAAUGUUUUCCUCGAGAAAAUUUAAAAUUUUCCUGGCUGCUCUGCUGCUCUUAUUGGUGGAGUCAAGCUGCGAGCAGGAGGCAAAGACUGGUACGGUGGAAUUUCUCAACACGAACAUAACGCGGCUGAACGCGCGAGUCAUCAGUGCGCGCGGCUACCGACUCCACCAAGUGGAGCAUUUGUUAGUUGUGAACGCAACAAAAUUAGAGCAUAUCGCUGUGGAAGAUCUGACAAAAAUGCCUUUCCUUAGAUCAUUGAGUAUAACCCAAGCACCUCUGUUGCACAAGAUAGCGCCGCUUCCGGCUCUGCCUGAACUGCGCACCUUAAUGAUCACAACAUCAGGGCUGAUAGAAGUGCCGAAUUUAAGCCACGUUCAUGACAACGGCGACGCGCACAAAUCCCAACAGUAUCUACAAGCCGUGGACCUGGAAUUUAACAACAUUCGUCGCAUUCCAUCGCAUGCGCUGCGAAUUCGCGCCGAUCAAGUGUCAUUGAACUAUAAUCUGAUAGAAGAGGUGCCUGCACAUGCGUUCAAAAACUCGCAAAUAUCAAAACUAAGUUUCAAAGGUAACACAAAACUGAGAAGACUAGAUGACCUAGCGUUUGCUGGAAAUCUAUUGUUGCGACAGUUAGACCUUAGCAACACGGCUGUAACUUACCUUCCUACCAAGGGGCUUGAAAAUCUCGAGACUCUCAAAAUAGAAAAAACUCCGAGCUUAAAGUACAUCCCUUCUAUUUACGAUUUUAGAAACCUGAGGGAAGCAUACCUGACGCACCACUUCCACUGCUGCGCAUUCCAGUUCCCCGAGCGACACAACCCCGCCAAACACAAGCUCUACGAGACACAGCUCGCUAUCAUGAAGCAGAGAUGCAACCAAAAUGCACAGAACCCUUCUCGAGAACUGAGAAAGCGACGAUCCACAAAUCCAACUUCAGCUGAAAAGUUAACGACGUUAUUGAGUGAAUGGAACGAUACGUCCACAGCCAGCUACGAGGAGGAGUGGGGCAGUGAAGAGUACUUCUCCGACUCGGGCAGCCUGGAAGACGAGCUGUCGGAGCAGUUCCACGCGCCUUUCAACAGCAGCCUGGGCGUCGCCUACUCCGUCGAGUGCGGGAACAUCGGAUCGAGCCGCCGUACAGUGAAAUGCACGCCGCAGCCAGACGCUCUCAACCCUUGUGAAGAUGUGAUGGGCUGGUCAUGGCUCAGAGCCAGUGUGUGGUUCGUGGUCGCCGCCGCCGUGGUUGGCAACACUGCUGUCCUACUGGUGCUUCUUACCAACCACACAGAACUAACAGUCCCUAGGUUCCUCAUGUGCCAUUUGGCUUUCUCCGACCUGUGCACGGGACUGUACCUUUUUAUGUUGGCAGUAGUGGACCUCAGAAGUUACGGAGAAUUCUUCAACUACGCUUACAAUUGGCAGUACGGAGUCGGAUGUAAAAUUGCUGGAUUCCUUUCCGUAUUCUCCGGACAGCUAUCAGUAUUUACGCUAACUAUUGUGACUUUGGAGCGAUGGUUCGCGAUAACGUACGCUAUUUAUUUAGAAAGGAGGAUAUCUCUGGGUGCAGCUGCCAAGAUAAUGAUUGGAGGAUGGAUGUUCUCUAUUCUAAUGGCUGGCAUGCCACUGGCUGGCGUUUCUGAUUACUCAUCAACGUCGAUUUGUUUGCCAGUGGAGAGUGAAGGAGUUGGUGACGCCGUGUAUCAAGGAUCUCUAUUUUUGACGAACGCAAUCGCCUGGGUGACUAUAGUAGUGUGCUAUGUACAGAUUUAUAGAUCUUUGGGUGGAGGAGGGGAGAAGUAUGGCGGUAGAGCGGCAGCGGCGGCGGCUGAACGACGGAUAGCCAAUAAAAUGGCUCUAUUGAUUGGUACAGAUUUGUUAUGUUGGGCACCGGUGGCUUUCUUUGGAGUGACAGCGUUAGCUGGCGUUCCUCUAGUCGACGUCAGCCACGGCAAGGUGUUGCUAGUUUUCUUUUACCCAUUGAACGCGUGUGCGAACCCGUUCCUGUAUGCGAUACUGACGAAACAGUAUAGAAGAGACCUCAUAACCCUGAUAGCUCGCACGGGUUGGUGCAGCUGGUUAGUUCAGCGGUACAAGAUGGCGGCCACCCCCCCUCCCACCGCGCACACCAACCCCUCCGCGCCCGCGCAGCUAUUACCGCUAGUAGAUUACAAUAGAUCAAUUUCCAUGAACAAGGAGAAUGGUGACGUUGAGAUUUUGUAACUAUAUUAGGUUAAUAAUUAUAAUUACUCUUGAUAUUGUUGUUAUAAGUAUUUAUUAAGAU